AUGUCUUCACCACAAAUCUCCACCAGCGCUGGCAGCAAGCCUAUCGACCCUUACAAGGCCAAAAGCUACGACCCCAACGCCCCCGUACAAGAAAAGAUUGAAGAUCUUGUCAAGUUCAUCAAGGAUAUUAAAUACGGCAUGCUCACUACCAAGGCCUCGGACAGCGAGCUGUUGUCCUCGCGUGCUAUGGCGCUAGCCGGGACAGAAAACGGUGGCGUCGACCUAAUCUUCCACACAAACCUCUUCUCCGGCAAAACCAUGGAUCUCACCGUCCACCCCACAGAGACAAACAUGUCCUUCCUCGACGUCGUAUCUGGCGGCUGGGCGUCCAUCUCCGGCACCGCAUCUGUCCUUUCUGGCAAGGAUGUCGUGGAGAAAUUCUAUUCUCCGGCGCUCAAGACUUGGCUAGGUGAUUUGGGCGAUGGGGUGCAUGAUGGUGGUCCCGGUGAUCCACGUAUUGGUGUGAUCAGAGUGGAGUCCAAGUCUGCGGUGCAUGUUACGCCUCGCAAGGGGAUGAUUGGUAGGGCUGUGGAAGUUGGAAAGGCGGUUACCACAGGGGAUGUGCCUCCGAUUAAUAAGCAUCGUGAGAUUAGCACGAAGGAACUUGCCGAAUGGCGUCGUACUCACCCCGAGUAA